AUGUCUUCACAGUUAAUUGACCGUCCGAAGCAUGAGCUCUCUAGAGCAGAAUUAGAGGAACUAGAAGAAUUCGAAUUCAAGCAUGGCCCAAUGUCCUUGAUAAAUGAUGCUAUGAUGACGAAAACACCUGUGAUAAUCUCAUUAAGAAAUAAUCAUAAAAUAAUAGCGAGAGUAAAAGCCUUCGACAGGCAUUGCAACAUGGUUUUAGAAAAUGUGAAGGAACUUUGGACAGAGAAGAAGGGCAAAAAUUUGAUUAAUCGUGAAAGAUUCAUAAGUAAAUUAUUUUUAAGAGGCGAUUCAGUUAUCGUUGUGUUAAAGACCCCUGUUGAGUAA